CUGAUCAUAAAACAAAAAUGGAGUUUAUCUUUAUUUACUGAAACCAAAGUUGACGUUCAAAGCUGAUUUAUUUGACGUACUAAAAUUGAAAAACCAAAUAAAUUUGUGAAAUAAUUGUGAUAAGAAUGUGAAUCGCAAAAGUGAACGAUAGUUUAACAUUAUGAUGCUGUAGUUUUUGAAUGUAAAACGCUUAAAACAUAGAUAGACCUUUCUAUAACCAACAACUGACAUUCAGUUCAAAUUUACGUACUCAAUAUCAACCAAUAAGUUGGUUAUUUUAAAUUUUACUGUCAAGUGAUAAAUUAAACAAUGCAGAAGUAUGAGAAACUCGAAAAAAUUGGCGAAGGAACCUACGGCACAGUUUUCAAAGCAAAAAACCGGGAAACCCUUGAGAUAGUUGCGUUGAAACGGGUUCGACUGGAUGAUGACGACGAAGGAGUGCCCAGCUCGGCUUUAAGGGAGAUCUGCCUCCUGAAAGAACUGAAACACAAGAACAUCGUUCGCCUCUACGACGUGCUCCACAGUGAGAAGAAGCUGACGCUUGUGUUCGAGCACUGCGACCAGGACUUGAAAAAGUAUUUCGACAGUUUGAACGGCGAGAUCGAUCCCGACGUUGUCAAGUCGUUCAUGUUCCAAUUGCUGAGAGGGCUUGCGUUCUGUCAUAGCCAUAAUGUCCUACACAGAGAUCUCAAACCUCAAAAUCUACUCAUUAACAAGAACGGCGAACUGAAGUUGGCCGAUUUCGGGCUGGCUCGUGCCUUCGGCAUCCCAGUGAAGUGUUACUCAGCUGAGGUGGUCACCCUGUGGUACAGACCGCCCGAUGUCCUGUUUGGAGCCAAGCUGUACACCACCUCAAUCGACAUGUGGUCGGCUGGAUGUAUAUUUGCAGAACUGGCAAACGCAGGCAGGCCUCUGUUCCCCGGCUCAGAUGUGGAUGACCAACUGAAGCGAAUCUUCAAGCUGCUUGGGACCCCGACCGAAGACACAUGGUGUGGCCUACUUCAGCUGCCAGACUACAAGCCAUUCCCCAUCUACCAUCCUAGCAUGACUUUCGCUCAGGUAGUACCCAAACUGAACUCCAAGGGCCGUGACUUGGUUCAGAGACUACUGGUGUGCAACCCUUGUGAGAGGGUAGGGGCGGACGAAGCUAUGGCCCACGCCUACUUCGUGGAUGUGCCUCCGGCUGUAGGGGGCCCAGGGGGGCUUGCCCCUAGGGGCGCACCGCCCAGGGGGGCCGACUGAGACAUGGCCGCCUCUCACAGGCAUCGGGCUACAGUCUGAAAAUGGGCUAGCU